UGACAAGAAUGUGUCGGCAGCUGCAGGAUGAGUGCUGUAAAGAGGGUGCCUGGGUUGAGAACAAGGGUUCCAUCUUGACCUAUCACUUUCGGACUGUCCCAAUCCAAUUUAGAAGUGCAUUCAAGCGGAGCGCAGCCACAAUCAUCUCCAAGAAUGGCUUCAAAGUCUAUCAGGCCAAUUGUGCCAUUGAAGCCAGGCCACCUGUCCAGUGGGACAAGGGUCGAGCAUCCAUCUAUAUCCUUCGAACCAUGUUCGGAGUGGACUGGCUAGAGCGGAUCCGUGUCAUCUACGUUGGGGAUGAUGUCACAGAUGAGGAUGCAAUGCGUACCCUCAAGGGGGUGGCUUACACAUUCCGCAUUACCUCACACUGCCUGGUCCGCACUGCUGCAAGCAGAUGUCUGUCAAACACAGAUUCUGUGUUGACACUCCUGAAAUGGGUCGAGCGGCAUGUGAUUAAGCGCCACACGCCUGAUGAGUCCUACUCCAGCCCUUUGUCUCAUGCUGCUGAAGGAAAUCAAUAUGACUCUGAGAAUGAAAUGGGUGGAACCAAGAGCAACCAGAAAAAGCGACAACGUGCUGAUAGUUUCAGUCGAAUAGCUCCAGUUGACCCUCAUCAUGGUGGGAUGCGGAUCGAAGUCUCUCUGGAUGAGUCCUCACUUGAUGGAGGCGAGUUAAAGACCCUACGCAAGAAGCAUUGCCUUGGUCAUACCAUUCUUGAAGGGGAUCAUAAGUCAUCAUUCUAGACCAUCUUUAAGCACACAGAUGGCUUACUGUUUCUCGUAUUGUUUCUUUUGCAUGAAAUGUAUGAAGUGUGUUGUCAUCUGUUCUCUUGCUAGUUCUCCUCUCGCUAGUUCU